AUUUUUCUACCUAGCUGGCCUGGUGGCCGUUAUAUUAUGAUGAGCUAACGUAAAACAUAUCUCUAGUCUUAAAAAUCAGCUUAGUCACACAAUAUAAACGUGGUUUCUGAAUCAAAACCAAGUAAGCCCAUAAAUAACAUUGUCUAUUUUGUAGACAACUCAUAGUGUCAGGAAUGAAAUCAUGCUAUGGGGAAUACUCAGAAGGUUUUUUGUCCAAACCUUGGACAAGACAAACAAACCGGUCAAAAGGUAGGCUAAUGCCAAAGUCCAACAUAACAAACGGAAAGAGAAUCCUGCAAAAAUGCCUGCAGCAGCAGAGGUUGAGCUGGAGCCACCUCCCCCAGGGUUGGAGCUCCAACACCGGACUCUCUUCACCGGGGAUGCCCUGACCUUCCUGGCUGAGCUGACCUCUGCUUUCCAGUAUGACGUCGACAAGAUCUUAAAACUUAGAACCCUCCGGAAAGCACAGUUGGACCUGACUGGAGAUCUCCCUGGGUUCAGUGCGGCUACAGCCCACAUCCGGGAUGACCCAGACUGGAGGGUCAGCCCGGUUCCAGCCAGACUGCGGUGCAGGCAUGUGGACAUCGGUGACCUCGCACCCUGUGACACGGAUCGCUUCCUCCAGGCUCUGCGGUCCCCUGCCCAGGGUAUUCAGGUCGAUUUUGAUGAUGGCAAUUGUCCAACAUACUACAAUCAAAUUAAGGGGAUUUACAACGUAUACCAGGCUGUGCACCACCAGUUUAACAAUGCCCCAGCCAUAUCCCAUGCCCCAAUUCUGAUGCUCCGCCCUCGAGCUUGGAACAUGGUGGAGCAUUGCAUGAUGGUGAAUGGUAAGGAGGUUCCUGGCCCACUGUUUGACUUUGGUCUGCUGAUGUUCCAUAAUGGAAGCCUGCUGUUUCAGAAUCAGAGCGGUCCGUUUUUCUAUCUAUCCAAAGUCGAGAGCUAUUUGGAGGCAAGGCUAUGGAAUGAGAUAUUUACCUGGACUGAACAUAAGCUUGGCCUUCCCGUGGGCAGUGUCAAAGCCACAGUGCUGAUAGAGAGCGUGCUGGCCUCCUUUGAGAUGGAGGAGAUCCUGUAUGAGCUCAGGGAGCACUCUGCCGGCCUCAACUGUGGCAUCUGGGAUUACUCGGCCUCGUUUGUCAACAAGUUUGGUCAAAGGCCCGAAUUUCUGCUCCCUGACCGUAGCAAGUAUGUAAACAUGGAGAAGCGCUUCCUGAGGAGUUACAUGGACCUGCUGGUCCAGACCUGCCAUCGUCGAGGCGCCCUGGCCACGGGGGGCAUGGCUGCCCUGCUGCUGCCCACUGACAAAGAUACCGCCCUCUAUGGCACAGUCCUCCAGACUGUCACCAGGUUGAAGUUACUUGAAAUAAAAGCUGGAGUUGAUGGCUUCAUGGUGUAUGACAUGGACUUGAUUAAACCAAUGCAAAAGCUGUUCCAGGCUCAUACUAAGGGAGAGAAUCAGUUGAAUGAGUUGCGAAGUGACCUCAAGGUGACCCCAGAAGAUCUCCUCAUCAUGCCAGCGGGGGGAGUGACUCUGUUUGGACUCAAGCACAACAUUGCAGUAGGAAUCCUAUUCAUUGAGGCCUGGCUGACUGGUCGGGGACACUUCUUUUACAAGGGCCAGGUGGAGGACUCGGCCACAGCCGAGAUCUCCAGAUCCCAGGUGUGGCAAUGGAUCCGCCACCAGGUGAAACUAGAGGAUGAUGGGACCACAGUGACACGUGCACUGGUGCAAAAUCUCAUCCGAGAGAUAAUGGGUCACUUAAAGGAGGCCAUCCACUGCAGGACAGUGAGGGAUCAGCAAAGGCUGGACACGGCGGCCGCCAUGUUUCUGGAGGUGAUCCAGAAAAGCGAUUUCCCAGAGUUCCUCACCACAUACCUGAACCUGGACCACACCUUCCUGUCCUCCCAGAGCCUGCACCAGAGAGUGGACACGGAUGCAGGUGGGGCCCUGCAGUCCAAACUGUAGUUGCUGGACAGUGGCCAAGAUGCUUUUACUUCUGGUGAUUCAGAAUGUAGGGACUUGCCUCCUUCCACAGCUCACUUGGGUGAAUAAACACCAAGUGACAUAAAAUUGUCUCCAGUUUUAAAUAUAAUUUCUCUCCAGCCCUUUGAACUUCUUGAAGAGCAACUUGUUAUUGUCUAACAAAGGCUGCUGACCAAGAUUCUUUAGAUUGAUAUUUCCUACAAGCCUGAUGUAGCCAUAUAGCCUGAUGAGCCAGAACCACAUUAAAAUGUAAUUUGCUGCCGCUAGGGUGCGCCUAGAUUUCUAGGCUAGUAGCCAUACUCAGUUCUAUUCAGAAUGUGAAUUUCCUGACCUCAAAUUUUGUGGGCGGGUAUAAAUUCAGGCUGGCUUCCAGGCUAAUUUCCUACUACAAAAACAUAUUUCUUUGCCGGAAGGAGACAUCCAAUCCAUUGUUUGCCAGUGCUAGGAUACUAUUCAGUGACAAUGUGCAUUCACACCCUCCCAAACACGUACAAACUGAACUCAACAGCUUGUGAAACUCAAACUUCUGGUUCAAACAUGCCUUUGCAUUCCCAUUCCAUAAUGAGGUUAUAACUGCCCCCCUGGAAUGGACGUCCGGCUGAGAUUAUGCUUCAUAACUUGAUUAUGUCACACUGCAGAUUGUCUUGGUGGAAAUAAUUUUGUGUUUAACAUGUAAUGCAAUGUAGUCUUUUUGAAGAAAGAAGUUUAGCUUAUAACAAAUGAGAGACCCAAAUGCCAUUCAGAUGGCGUUCGUGGCUUAAGGCCUUUUGUAGUGAAACGUGAAGAACUGGUGAAUGAGAUGUUUUGUACUUGAAUUCCACUCCAUUUUUAUUCAUUCAUAUCUCUGUUUUGAGAGUGUCGGGCAGAUGGGGCAUGUUGCCUUUUGUUCUGACUGAGGUGCUGAUAACAGACACCUGCUUCAAAACGGUAAAAAAGGGAGAAAAAAAAAUCAGAAACAGUGUAAUAAAGCUUACAUGGGAUGAAAAUCUCUCCAAAAUAUGAGAAAAGAAAUAAGCAAAGAAAGAAAAUCCCAAACAUAAUUCAAAAACUCUGGUUGCUAUGGCAAUACCGGUUCCUUAGACCUUUUGUAAUUCCUUGUUGUACAUUCACAUAACCAAAGAAAACCCAAAAGAAAGAAAGACUUAAAAGAAGAACAAAAGGUUUUUUACUCAUGCUGCAUUUCAGGUAACAUUUUUUGAUAUCUCUUUUUGAUUAUCAGUCAUGUUCUUGGCCUGAACUGUUCAUGAAGCCAUAAGGACCUGUAUCGUUUUGCCCCCUAGUGGCUAUUCUCCAAAAUGUCUUUGUGCUCAAGGACCAUGAGUGCAUCUUUGUGAUGUUUCCCACGAGAAACAAAUGAUCUUGUUUCAACAGAUCCAUCUAGUCGGUGUCAGGUUUGACACACACUAUCCAAGCAAAUAAAAAAGAAAAAAAAAAAGUGUCAACCAUAA